AUGCAAGAAGACGAGAAUGAAGGGGCUAAAUUGCGUUCCAGUCCCGGCAUCCAGUGGGACCCAACCCUUCUUCUGCCAGAAAGCGAGAGUGAAGAGGGAACCUCUUGUCUUUUCCUUGAAUUGGAGCAGCAUUGUCCCCCGCCACGUAAAACCUCGCGUCAAUACUUGAAGCGCAUCAUUGCAGAAUAUGAGGCACUGGACAUGGAAAUCCCGUGUAUUCGCAAGUUCCCCAAGCCACCAGCUGCUCGGCCCCUUUGCCUCUGUCUGGAGAGUCCGCCUGAAAGGGAGAUGAACCACGCAGAGGUCCUGGCAGCAGUAGAGGAAGCCAUUCCCGAUGCGUUUGAGUCAGGACUCCUGCGCAGCAUCCAGUUUGAGAACAUCAAUGUGAUCUGCGGGACGGCUGGACGGAAGAACAGGUGGCUGAUCACAGUGUCGGACUUCCGGACGCGGAACCAGCUCCUGUGUUCGGGACUGACUUUGGGCGAAAACCACUUUGUACUGCGGCGCUGGGACGAUUUGGUGAUGGAGGACUAUCGCAUGCACCUCCGGAGGGCCCUCGCACGCCAACGCCUGCUGGACACCCUUAGUGACAACUGGGAUGGGAACCAGUUGGAUGGGAUAUGA